UGGAUAAGAGCGUCUGCUAAAUGACUUAAAUGUAAAUGUAAAUAUCACACAAGCCUAGGCUGCAUGUCACUGCUGUAGUUGCAGAUCCAGAAAAACGGAGCCAUUGAGGCCACCUGAAACUUGUUUAAAAGUCAGACUGUUGCAAUUAGUCUAGGCGAGACAGACAGCGCAUGUCAGUGAGAGAUUGCAAACUGCUGUAUAUUUCAGAUUGAGAGAAACAAAUGAUUUGCCAAUUUAAAAACAAAUGGGAAAAAAGAAAAGAAUGAUUUAAGAAAGUUACAUUUUAUUGUUAAGCAUACCUCUCUCAGCUCCUUCUCGAUCUGCACCGCGCGCUGCACAAUGGGUCCGCGCACGGCAUACUCCACAUUCUUCACAUUGGGGUUCAUGGUGUCGAUGGUCAAAACCUUGUUCUGGGAGAACACUGCAUUCUCGGUCAUUUUCUCUUGGACAAGUCCACGCGGCGGUUCACUGACUCCUGAAAGUGCUCUACUCUGGGAAGAGAAAGGUGACAGCGGAGAGGGGAUCAUCACUGAGCGGACACCAGAGCUGGAAUGGAGAACAAAACAAAUGGAUCAGUGGAAGCUAAACUUGUGGCGGAGAAUGGCCAGCUGCCGGACCCUGCAGACUGGGCAUUCACUGAUGUCGUCAAUUAUUUCAAAGCUGCAGGAUUUGAUGAGCAGGCUACUGCUUUCCAGGACCAGGAAAUCGAUGGCAAGUCUCUGCUCCUGAUGACACGGAAUGAUGUCCUGACUGGUCUUUCUAUCAAACUGGGGCCAGCACUGAAGAUCUACGAGUACCACGUGAAACCACUUCAAACUCAGCACCUGAAGAGUAAUGCUAAUGCACCACUGCAUGCUCCUCAACGCGUGACAAGAUAAUCACGAGGCAGGACGGACAGACCAGUCCGAAGAGAUUUAUAGACCCAAGAGGACAGUGGAAGACUGGGCUUAGAAAACUCUUGCGUGGUUGCAUCUUGCAUCCUUCUGAAAAUAUUAUUUUACCUAAACUUAACAGAUGCCAAAUGAUUUGAGCCAUUACGUUUGAGUGGCAUCAGUUUAUGAAACCAAACAAGGACUUUAAUUCUAUGAGGUCAUGGACAUAAGAUCAUUUUACAGGUCUUAAAAAGUACAGGUUUAUUUUUUCUUCCCCAAAGAGUUAGUCUCAAAGCAAAUCAAGCAGAUUCAACUGAAUGGGUUAUUUAAUAGUGGACGAUCCUUUUCAGAUGGAUGCAAACGGUGCACUAGAUUUUGACUUUGAUGCGCUCUCUUCUACCAUUGAUCAGUGAUAUAUAUAUAAAUCAAACUACGGAACAGUUUGAUGCCGGCUAAGACUGGAUGGUAAUUAGUUUGAACCAUACUCACUGAUCCUCCAUUACAGCCAUUUCUUUUUCUAAUAAGCCACUAUUUAACUUAAUCAAAAGAUGCAUCUAUGAACAUUAUGCAUGUCAAUUGUAAAUUUAAGCAUAGGAAUAUAAGUUGCUGAAUGUGUUCUUUGAUUUCCUUAUUCUUAAAUAUGGCAUUUUACUUUCGUGUUUGAUGUGGAUGCUUUUAUCACGCAUAAGUGACAUGCUGCUGCCUUUUGUAUUGUAAAGUUGCCCUGUUCACAUUUUGCUGUUAGAAACUACUUGCAGCUUAAGUAAAGAUUUGAGAUGUAACACUGUCAGUCUUACCCAAGAACAAUUAGCAAAAACACAGUCAUGUAGAGAAAGAAUGUUAAUUUCUAAAUACAAAAAGUCAAGAACAAUGAAUAAAA